AUGUCAGAACUAUUGGGAAAGGUCGAAGAGCCGGACGACAGGAGCUGCCGUUCUGAUGACUCUAACGGUGAAAUCUUUAAGAAUGUCCCGAAGAGCAGCAGUAUGUUUCGCAUUUGGAAAAUCGAGGGUUUACGAGUCGCAGCCGUCACAGGAAGUAAUAUGGGAUAUGUCAAGGAGCUGAAAUCGACCACGGUAGUUCGUGUAAUUCACUUCUGGAUCGGAUGUGCAUGCGACUCAACGAUCUCCGGGGCAGCCGCCCUUCGAGCAGCCGAAUUGGACUCACAAGUAUCUGCAACGAUUCUAUCAAGAGAGGCACAAGACCGCGAAAGCCCUAGAUUUCUGUCUUAUUUCCGGCAGCGAUUCGUUAUCGAAAAUUUUCACUUCGAGAUACCAUCGUGCAGAUUGCACAGAGUGACCGGUGUAGCAGUUCCUGCCCUGACGGAACUCGAGAAAGUUCAUUGGGACUAUUUCAGCUCACGAGAUGUUAUUCUUGUAGACAUUCUAUCGAAAGGCAUCGUGUUCCUGUGGCUGGGUUCAUCGGCNNAUCCAUUGCACAAACAACAUGCUGUCAAUAUUCUAGAAACUAGGAAAGAAAACAACAAUGGUCGUGUCAUCAUUGUCGACGACGGAUAUGAACAAACACUACCGGAAGGUGAUAGACAACUGUUCGCCAGUAUCUUAAAUCCUUCUACGAGGCUGGUGAAGCCCGAUCGCCCUUACCGUGUCAAUGUGCCAAGUCCAGUGAAGUUGUAUAGAUGCAGUGAACAAUCUGGUAAAUACAAAGUUGCAGAACUAAAGUCUGGACCAAUUCUCCGAUCAGAUCUUACAUCAGAAUCAGUUUACCUGAUUGAUCGCGGUGAGGCGGGUGUCUGGGCCUGGGUAGGACGCAAUGUGAAUGCCCGGGAAAAAUUAGAAGCGAUCCGCAAUGCGCGCGGAUUCGUAAAGAAAAAGAAUUACAGUAACGGCGUAUCUGUAGAAAGGGCGCUCGAAGCUUAUGAACCAACGGAGAUGAAGGCCCUCGUCAGAGGAUGGGAAACAGCGAAAAUGAGACCACUUACUUUACCACCUAAUUUUGAACCUGAUUACAUGAACGAGAGACCUAAAAUAGCUGCUGAGUGCCAACUAGUAGACGAUGGAUCCGGUGAGAGAACUCUUUGGAGGAUAAUCCAUAAGGAAGGAAUGAUUCAGGUAGAAGACAAAGGAAUAUACUACGCGGAAGCCUGUUAUGUAAUGUGCUACAAGUACGGACAAGGACGUAGGAGUAGAACAAUCAUUUAUUGUUGGGAAGGAGUUCAUUCUAUAAACACGGACCGAGAAGCUUCUUUAGAAGCAGCUUGUCGCUUAUCAGAAGAUACCUCUGCACAGUUAAUAAAAGCAUAUCAAGGUAGAGAACCACCUCAUCUGUUGCAAAUUUAUGAUGGAAAAUUAAAAAUACUAGCAGGAAGGCAUCGUGAUUCCCCUCCGGAUAAGUAUCUCGUUAGAGUUUUUGGAUCUACCCCAUACACAUCAAAAGCUGUUGAGCGUCCUUUGAGGUCCAGUAGCCUCGAUUCUAGUGCAGUUUUUAUCUUGUUUUCUAAUUUACCUAUAGUAUGGUGUGGUGGCAGAAGUACUGGAGACGCUAGGCAGGCAUCCAGACGACUUGCACCUAGAAAUGCACCUCUGAUGAUCGAAAAUAACGAAGAUGACGAUUUUUGGGCAGAACUUGGAGGUAAAGGCACCUAUGGCACAGAAACUGUUGAUGAUGGAGAAGAACUUGAAAAACAUCUAUAUCAAUGUUUGACCGAAGGAGAAAUGUUUGUUGGCAAAGAAGUUCUUGGAUUUGGACAAAAUAGUCUUCUUCCAGAAGCUAUUUGGUUAUUAGAUGCUGGCAACGUGAUAUGGGUCUGGAUUGGAAAGUCUUCUACUUCUAAAUCAUUAAAAGAAUGUGUACAUGACGCAAUGAUAUUUCUGUAUACUCAUCCAGCUGGUCGAGAUCGAAAUACAACAAUUUCUGUAAUUAAACAAGGAAUGGAACCGUCAACAUUUAUUGGACUUUUCGAUAAUUGGAACUACAAUUUACUAAGAGAAUAUAAAUCAUUUGAAACGUUUUGCACGCUCUUGCAAAACAAGGAAUCAUUCCCGAAAAUACAAACGUUAUUAAAGUCAUCCAGCAAUUUUGAUAAUUAUGUGAAGUAUCCACUUUCUAUUCUGAAAGAUGAUCCAGAAAAUUUACCAUCUGGCGUUGAUGUUGUGCAUAAAGAGAUGCAUCUUACUUUUGAUAAUUUCAUUGCAAUUUUUAAAAUGGAACCUGCCGAGUUUGUGAAACUCCCUGCUUGGAAAAGACAAAGACUCAAACAAUCAGCUGGACUUUUUUAAGAUUUUGUUCUUUAAUAAUACUUUUGUACCAUAGUCAUUACGGUAUAAUCAAAAAAU